UCCAAGGCACAGGUCUAUUCAGCCAUACGGCUGUAGUAAAAGGAACCUGCGUGAGCUGAGCUGUUGUUGGAAGUAUAGGUUAACAAUUAUUGUAUUACGAGAAGAGGCUUUGGGGGACUUGGAGUUAGAGCCCAGGCGGUGGUGGUGGUGGUGUCUCUGCAUUAGGAGCCUGGCUCAGCCUGCUUCUGCUGUGUGGCUGUCUGUUGUGUCAUUGUGACCAUCCACUAUUAGCAGAAUCACUGAACCCUUGUGUCUCCUGCUUCUACAAUCACAAAGAGCAUGUCUCUCCCAGUGGCUUUUUUAUACCACGGGAGGGAGGAAAUCAGGCCAACAAUCCUGGCCUUUGUCUGCCUCUCCCGGCAACCUCCUUCAGGCUGAAAAUUGUUGCCACGGCGAUCGAGCGAUGCCAUGCAGACACGCUACAGGGAGCAGAGCUGUGGCCGAGGAGGGUCGGUGCCAGACGCUCUCUCUCUCUCUCUAUUGCCCCGGCAUGACAUGCAACAGCCCAUCCAUUAGGUACAGCGCUCUAGCCUAUGGCGACAUGUGGUCAAGGAUGUGGUGACUUACAGGAAACUCCACUUCAGAGUGGCCGGCGUCAACGUCACCAGUCAGGCUCAUCUGGUCCGAGGCAUGUUGGGUGGCGAGGCCCUCCUCUCCGUCAGCUACACCAGCACUAGCUCCGACCAACCGGUCAUCAAGUGGCAGCUGAAGAGGGACAAGCAGCAGCCCAUCACCGUAGUCCAGUCCAUAGGCACUAGCAUCAUCGGGAACCUGCGGCCCGAGUACAGGGACCGCAUCAUGGUGUUUGAGAACGGCACCUUGCUCCUCCACAACCUGCAGCUGUCUGACGAGGGGGCCUAUGAAGUGGAGAUCUCCAUCACGGACGAUCCCUUCACUGCGGAGCGCAACAUCAACCUCACCGUAGAUGUACCUGUGUCCAGACCCUUCGUCCAAAUGAUAGCCUCCUCUGUGCUGGAGUUGAGUGAACUCUUCACCUUACACUGUUCCCACGGCGACGGCACCAAACCCGCCUAUGGCUGGCUGAAAGGGGGAAAGGUGCUGACCAAUGACUCACGCUUGCUCCUGUCACACGACAUGAAGUAUCUGACCAUCGCCCGGGUGUUGAUGUCAGACGAUGACAUCUACAGCUGUACGGUGGAGAACCCAAUCAGCAGCAUGAGGAGCGUGCCUGUCAAACUCACCGUCUACAGACGGAGCUCCCUGUAUAUCAUCCUUUCCACCGGGGGUAUUUUCCUCCUCAUCACCCUGGUGACAGUGUGCGCCUGCUGGAAGCCCUCCAAAAAGAAGAGGCGGCGAGCUGCCACGGCAGCCAUGUUGCAGAGAUCUCCAGUGUAUGUAGAGCGGAGUGACAUCAGUCACGAGGUUGAUGUGGUGCCAAAAACAAUAGGACAGGGAACACCUGGCCGUAGGAGCCCAAUGGCUCUUUACGUUGUCAAUGAAGAUGACAGUCUCAAAGGUGAGGACGAGUAUUCAGCCAACUCCAUCAGCCUCUCAGUCCUCGCCACGCCCGGUUACCCCAGCCCCCUCCCACCGUCCUCCCACUCACCCGAGGCACCCAACCGGCCUGUCCGCAAAUAUCCCCAUACCCCUGUGCCUUCGCCCCCUGCCACCCCACUCAGGCCCCCUGGCCAGCCACCUGUCAUGCCCUCAGCUCCACCGCCUGGUUCACCUCCACAUUUGCAGAGCUCUGGGCAUAAACUUCGCCCUCCUGUGGGCAUUCCCACCAAUCGACAGACAGAGGAGCCCCCGGCCACCCCAGAGGCCGACGACCAGGAUUAAUGUCUGAAUGACCACCCCCACUCACUUAUCACUGCUUCACCUGUAGAAUUCAUCCACAUCUAUCCAUGGACAUGUGUGUAUUAUCUUGUCUGUUUAGUUGGGUUUUGGUGUAAAGAUAUUUGUUACACCAGUAUCAACUGCUCUGAUCAUGGUUUUCCUAUACCCCUGGAUACGUUGUUCAUUUUUCCAAACCAAGGUUUAAAAAACAUGAAACACCGUUCAUACUGCACAUGGUUUCAGGUGUGAAUCAACUUGGACCAAUGGCCUCCAUGUAGCCUGACUCUAGAUCACUUUGUGCUUUAGCCAACUCCUCUCUGCUGUGGUGACAAUGACAGUCAGAACACAUACAGAUCUGGGACCAGGCUAACCCCCGUGGCUGUUCUGAUGAACUCAUGUAACAUCUCCACACACAUUUCUAGUACAGUAUCCACCCCCCAAAAAUUGGGGGCAAGCAAUGUAUGGCAGUUGCCACAUGGUAAGGGACAAGGGGGAUGUAAGUGACCACGGUCAAUUUACACUGGGAUCUGGAUAUGUUAUUACUUGAAAGUUAGGGUAAUGAUAAUGCGUGGACUGCAAUUUGUUUGAUUUGGUGCAUCCAGUAGACAUACUGGGGAAGGGGGUUGCAAAGAAACUGCCAUCCCAAGCCUUGGACUCAUUAUGUACAUAUGUCAAUAGGGUAUGUGAUGUUCUUAGAAUUGUUUUGGGGACCUUUUACCUCCAAAUACAUUUUUUUCAACUAACAUUUCAUCCUAAAACUGUCUUUCUAUUCCAUGCUUCAAAAUGAAGUGUGCCAUUUUAUAACCUCAAAAAUCGAACAAUAAAUGCUAUGUUGGAAAAUA